GAGAGAAGAAAAAAGAAGAAGAAGCCCAACACAGGCUUUUACGAGAUUUAAGGAAAUACCAGACCAGAAAAGCAUGCAGUAGCCUACAUUUCCAUGCUUGUGGUUAUUAAUGUAUGCAAUUUCUUUUAAGGAAGCAAUUUAUUUCCUCUGCUAGUUUUGCAACGGAGAAAUAAGAGUAUUUAUAUAAAUGCUGACCGUAAACUAAAGCAGAUGUAAGACUCAUCCAAACCAGUUACAAAAAGUCUAUGUUUUCGGAGCAAGACAGAAUUAUUUAAGCAUAUAUUCGCCAUGACUGAAGAAGCUAUUGAAGUAACGUCUACUUUUUCCUAUGAGGAUGACGGAGCCACUCCAUGCGAUAAAACAGACAUCCAGAUGUUCGGAAAAGUCUUCCUGCCUAUAUUGUAUGGCCUGGUGUUCGCCAUUGGGCUGGUAGGAAAUCUCCUAGUGGUUCUUACCAUUCUGCAGGUCAGACAACAAAAGAGCAUCACGGAUAUAUUUUUCCUGAACUUGGCCAUCUCUGACCUUCUUUUUGUGAUUUCUCUUCCUUUUUGGGCUUCUUAUAUUAUACACGAUUGGACACUUGGGACCUUUACAUGCCGAAUAGUUUCUUCUUUCUAUUCGGUGGGCUUCUUUGGUGGCAUGUUUUUCAUCACCAUCAUAAGCAUUGACAGAUACCUGGCUAUUGUUUGGGCAACCUGCAUUAUGAGAUCCAGGACGGCCACCUAUGGAUACCUUACUAGUAUAUCAAUAUGGGCUCUAGCGGUUUUCUUUGCAAGCCCCCAUUUCAUAUUCAUCCAAGAGUCAGAAAGAAAGUGUACUUCACUGUAUCCGGAACAUCUUAACGUAAUAUGGCCUGUUUUCAGCUAUUUGGAAAUGAACAUCAUUGGAUUUCUUCUCCCAAUGUGCAUCAUGAGCUACUGCUACCUGCAGAUCAUCAGAACGUUGCUGUCCUGCAAAAACCAGCGCAAACAAAAAGCCAUGAAAGUGAUUUCACUUGUGGUGAUCGUAUUUUUUCUCUUCUGGACUCCAUAUCACAUCUCACUUUUUCUGCAGGUGCUGCAGUACUUUGAAGUCUUCGAAAACUGCAGUUCCUUAAGGUUUCUGGAUUACACUGUACAAGUGACUGAGACAGUAGCUUUCAGCCACUGCUGUCUUAAUCCAAUCAUCUACGUUUUUGCUGGUGAAAAAUUCAGAAAGUACUUUUCCCACUUGGUUCUCAGAUGCAUUUCAUUCACAUGCGCCCGCGGGUCUUGCGGCAAAUAUUGCAGUGGAGUGCCUACUGCUAUUCCUGAAUGCGCUAUGACCAGUAAUCAUACCCAGAAUACCAGUGACCGAGAAACGUCUCUCCUUUGAUUGUUAACAAUUAAAUAGUAUUGAAUACUGGGGCAUAUUGAAUGAUGAACUAUUUUAUCCAGAUUAUCCAUAGACUUCAGUUUCUCAGUAUUCCUAGCACAACAGCUUUUGUUUACCAUAGUUAAUAGGUCUGUGUUUCAAGUAUUGUCUUUAUAGGCAGAAAUAUAAAUUUAUUUUAUUUAUGAAGUAACAUUAUUCUAUAUUCCUGCUUUAGUAUCAGUUUAUCCUCUUUAUGGGGAAUAGCAAACAAGUAAAAUUAAUAACCAAUACUUUUUUAUUGUUUACAUCCUUGUUUCUUACUAUUUAUUGUUUAAGCCAGGGGUCCUGAA